AUGGCUGCUUGGAACGAGGUUCACCAUCUCAAUGUCACUGACUUGCUGUUCGCUCUUGGGCUCAGAGAGGGGCGACCACGCGGGGGGUCUGGAACAGAAGGGGGGAAAUCGAGGAAAGCCGAGGACAGGCGCGGGGAGGCUGGUUUGGAGGGUGGUGAUGGAGCGGUCGACCGACAUCAGCCGGUACAGCCAUGCAAGGCAGACUCCUGCCUGGAAAGGGAAGACCGGAUGGAAAAGCUUCUCGAAAAACGGGCCGCGUUGCAAGAGGCGUCGAUCAGGGCCAGGAGAAGACAGGCAGCGGCCAGUGCUAGAUCGACUGCUUCCGAAGCGUCACGGGACGACAAGACGGAAGAGGAUAGGCUGGUUUCGAUGAAGACCCACUACGCGGCUCUGGAAGAGGUCCUGCACCACCUGUCGGCAGACAAGGCCAGGCACAAGAGAGAGGAGGCCGUCGACAGCAUGCCCGCGCACCUCAGACGAUCGCUUCCGAGCGGCCUAGCAGAGGCAAGAAGAGGACUCAACUUUUGCGUUCCCCCGUCGCGUGCGACAAGGAGUACUGGCAGGCUAGAAACGGUGUUCGCUAUUCUUGAAGAUGGGAUGCCCGGGGGACGCCUAGAAACCAGAGGAGAGAGUGUCCACGGGUUAUCAGCACGCCAGCAGGGAGCGGCUUCGGCUCCAUCCCUGAGUUUUGAUGAAGACAGCAUAGCUGUGUGGCCGACCACGCCUCCAAGACGCCGUCUACAGACUGGAGCGAAGUUCCCCCCCCUCCAGCUGACCGUGAGUCCGAUCCGGUGUGCAAGCGUCGGGGGGGUGGCGACACUGGACGAAGACGAGAUCGGUGUAAGGAGAGACAAGCAGAAAGCCAGGCUGAGGAGGAGGGCCAGAGAGUGGUGGAAGGCCGCGGGCAGCAUCGACGAUGGUGAACGGGGCGGCACGGGCCACCAUCGUCCAGACCCUAGUCGAGGUCAUCCCGGCGGUGGUGGCUGGCGUGACUGGCGAUCGGUGACCGCCUGCGACGCUGACGCGGGCGUGGACCGAAGACGGAGCGCGUGGUCGUUCCCUGUGUCUGGAGCGUCGGUUUCACCAUCGCGGUCGACGCCAUUCGCAUCCCCUCCGCCUUUACGGCGGGUGGCUGUCCACAAGUAG